AUGCGUCUUGCCACCUACACACCACCAUCGAUGAGUCCGCGCUCGCGUUUUGCGGAUCAGAUCUCGACGUCUUUGAUCGAGGGAGAGCUGAAAGCAGCGCUAUCGGAGAGCGGCAAUAAAUCCAUAUUGGAGGAGAGUCUUGAUGAUUUGCUCGGCAUCAAAUCCUUUAUGAAGUCUCGGGACCAGCUCCGCCAUGUACCUAUGGAAACGGUACAAGAUGGUGACGAAGAAUCACCCUUGACAGAUCUGCGACUGGCCCACGGAUCGCUUUUUGAUACGCCUAGAAAAUCGGCAUUUCCUUCCCCUCCAUCGACAGCGUCUUCCCGUGAACCGAAAUUUGCUCCAAUUCCCCCAAUUCGGACAGCCGAGGGGGCGAUCGAGCUCAUCGAGUACAUUUCACAGCAAAUCGCUAAAAACGUGCCUUUAUCUGCUGUACGCGAGGUGGUGCUCAAGCGCAUCCGCCUUGAUGACUUGAAGCGGACAAACGAAACUGACUGGGUACGCUCAAACGUUGACGCGGAUAUUUUGGAGCAGACGCUACAAAUGAGUCAACUAUUCAUGGAGGCUGCUUCUGCAGAAGCGGAAAGAUUGCGUCAACUGAGUCAAGACUGGGCAUCCCAACUCACCGAUGCUGAAUAUCAAUUCCUGCACAAAUCGGAGUUACCGUCGUACCACUUCCAGAAGUCAUUGCGGCGACUUCCGAUCCCGAAGCUCUCUGAUACCUCUAAUCGGUAUCUGGCGUCGGCUAAGGUUGUUCUCGGCGAGGCUGACUAUGCAAGAACGGAGAAGCUCAUGCGCGAAUUCGAGAAUGGCGAAGGGAAAGAGCUCCAAGCGGAAUUGUUGAAGUACGACAAAAAUCACAAGGAUACGAGCUAUAUCAGCGAGCCGUGGUUCGAUAUCUACCUCAGGGCACGUGUUCCCUGCCCGGUCAACUACAAUCCGUUCAUGAUGUAUGCGGCCGACCCGAACGAGAAAUUCAUGGAGCAGGCGACGAGGGCGACCAACUUUGCCAUUUCUUACGCUCGCAUUAAGAAAUCAUUGGAUGCUGAGGUACUCGCACCAGAAGUCUUCCACAUGAACCCUAAAAAGAGCGACACGAAGACUUUCCGGCGCGUUUGCAGGAUGCUUCCCCCUUCACUUUCCUGGUUUGGCGCCGUCGCUUUCAAGGCCUUCCCGUUGGACAUGAGUCAAUACAAAUCGCUCUUCAACGGAUCUCGUGUCCCCAAGAAAGAAAAGGAAAAUAUUCAAGAGUUGCUGAAGAAGUGCUCUGAUCAGCAUUCGCAACUCGUCAAGGAGGCUAGCAUGGGCCAAGGCUUCGACCGCCAUCUACUGGGCCUUCGGAUUACGGCGGAACGGUUGGGCAAGCCGCUUCCGGUAGUUUUCCAAGAUGCUUCUUAUAACAGAAUGGGCCAUUUCGUCUUGUCGACCUCAACGCUCUCCACGGAAACGAUUGUUUUUGGCGGCUUCGGGCCUGUUGUCAAUGACGGAUUCGGUGUCGGCUACAAUGUAGUGCCAAGCAAACUUGGAGCCGUGAUCUCCAGCGUGAAGACCCAGAAAAAGGCCCAAACCUUCGCCGAUGCCUUGACGGAGUCGCUCGACACGCUGCCCCUUGGGAAGAGCAGAGAGGCUUCCCUACUCGGCAAGGGCGUCACCGAGCAGGAAAUCGAAGAAGCAAAGCAAAGGCUCCCGGUCCUUCCCGCUCAAAAUAUUGCAAUGCAACAGUAUCCACCUCCGUACCAACCUAACAAAGUGCGGCAAUUUGUGGAAUCGGCUGCGAUACUGUCCACGGCAGCAUAUGCUGGCUACCAUUUAUUACGCACCUAUGUCCUGCCCCGGUUUAACAUCCCCGAUCCGGCAACGGAAGAGGUGCGCCAGCUCCAACAGCAAAUCAACGAGCUGCAAAAUUCGAUGAAAUUUGUCAUCGAUAGUGUGUCGCAGCAGACACAGACG